AUGUCUCUUAGGGCAGAGGACGCGUGUACCCCCAGUACAGAAUCUCGGACAGUGAAUGUCAGUGAACAUUCGGCAGAAAAGCUCUGCCAAAUUGAGUGCUCUGAUGUGACUUUUUCAUCAAGUCAAUGUUCCUGGGAUCUCUUGUACAUGAUCAUCUCACUCUUUGGAGUCCAGAAAAAGGCCUUGGACAGAACAGAGACUAGGUUCUGUGGGAUGGAACAGAUUUUGGGAAAGAUCACGACCCUGCUCCCCGAGGAUAAGGAGGAGAGCCCCCAACCGAACACCUCAGGGUACCCCCUCCUCCAGGAGGUAGUGGAUGAUGAAGUGUCGGGACCAUCAGCCCCUGGGGUAGAUCCCAGCCCCUCAUGUAGGUCCCUUUGCUGGAAAAGGAAGAGGGAGUGGUCGGACCACUCUGAGGAGGAGCCAGAGAAGGAGCUCGCCCCUGAGCCUGAGGAGACCUGGGUGGUGGAGACGCUGUGUGGGCUCAAGAUGAAGCUGAAGCGACGGCGAGUGUCACCUGUGCUCCCCGAGCACCACGAGGCCUUCAAUAGCCAGCUCGCCCCUGGGGUAGAUCCCAGCCCCUGGUGUAGGUCCCUUUGCUGGAAAAGGAAGAGGGAGUGGUCGGACCACUCUGAGGAGGAGCCAGAGAAGGAGCUCGCCCCUGAGCCUGAGGAGACCUGGGUGGCGGAGACGCUGUGUGGCCUCAAGAUGAAGCUGAAGCGACGGCGAGUGUCGUCCGUGCUCCCCGAGCACCACGAGGCCUUCAACAGGCUGCUUGAGGAUCCUGUCAUUAAAAGAUUCCUGGCCUGGGACAAAGAUCUGAGGGUGUCGGACAAGUAUCUCCUGGCUAUGGUCAUAGCGUAUUUUAGCCGGGCCGGCCUCUUCUCCUGGCAAUACCAACGCAUUCAUUUCUUCCUGGCUCUCUACCUGGCCAAUGACAUGGAGGAGGACUGCGAGACCCCCAAACAAAACAUCAUCUACUUCCUGUACAGGAAGACCCGCUCUCAGAUACCCUGGUUCCGUAAGCGUCGGUUCCAGUCCUUCUAUUCCAUGCGCCGGGGGGCCAGGAAGAACCCCUCUCAGAAAGCCUUGUUUCAUAAGCUUCGGUUCCAGUUCUUCCGUUCCAUGGGCUUCAGGGCUUGGGUUUCCCUGGAGGAAUUGGAAGAGAUCCAGGCUUAUGACCCAGAGCACUGGGUGUGGACGCGAGAUCGCGCCACCCUUCCUAGAGCUCCAGGGACCAUGGAGGCCUGA